GUGGAGCUAGAGGACUUGAAGGAGGUCGACAAGGAAGUUCACAGCAACCUCAAGUGGAUCGUGAACAACCCUGUGAAAGAUCUCAACUUGACCUUUGAGCACUGCAUGGAAAGCAAUGGCAAGGUCCAUGAGAUCCCGUUGAAACCAGGAGGUCAGGCGAUGUAUGUGAACGAAACGAACAAGAACGAGUUUGUGUCGCUUGUGGUCAGUUGCAGGACAACAAGAGCUGUUCGGCAGCAGCUCCGCGCCAUGCGCGAAGGUUUCAACUCCUGCAUCCCCUCAAACGUGUAUGAAGCCAUCACUGUAGAAGACUUGUCUACGAUCAUCAGUGGAACGUGCGAGGUUGAUGUGGAUGAUUGGAGAAAGCACACAGAGUUGGUAGGCUGGAAGGCAAGUGACAACGUCGUCAAGUGGUUCUUCGAGAUGUUGGAGCAGGCGAGCAACGAGUUCAGAUGUUGUGUCCUCAAAUUCUCCUGCGCGCUGUCUCGCCCCCCUGCCGGAGGUUUCCGUCGCAUGCCCAACAAGUUUCGGAUCUGCAAGACAGAGCUGCCACUUCCGAGGCUGCCAACCGCGCACACUUGCUUUGCAGAGAUUGUACUACCCGAGUAUCAAACUCGGGAUGACUUGAUUCAAGCCUUCCAACGGGUUGUGGUGGAAGGGAUGGACAACUUUGGGAUCUCCUGA